AUGCCUUCUUCUAAAAGCACUCCAGUUAUCGACUUCUCUGAUUUUUUGUCAGGGGACGAGCAGCGGAUGCAGUAUUGUGCUGAUAAAAUUCGAGAUGCUUGUCUUACCCAAGGCUUUUUCCAAAUUGUCAACCAUGAUAUUCCUGCUAGCCUUCAAAAAGAUAUCUUCAAGGCGUCGAAGGCUUUUUUCGCUUUACCACUUGAAGAAAAGAUGAAACUUGACAAAUCUCUGAACAAAUAUAACCGUGGAUAUGAAGUCAUGCAUGGUCAGAUGAUUGAGGCGAACACUAGGCCUGACCUCAAAGAGGGAUAUUACAUCUCUCGUAUGGGAGCCCACCGAGAUUUUGGUGUGAUUACUUUACUCCUACAAGGAGAUGUCGCUGGCCUCGAAGUCUGGGACGAUGAAGUCAGAGACUGGUAUCCUGUUCCGCCAGUUGAAGGAGCUUAUGUUGUUAACUUGGGUAACCUGUUUGAGCAGUGGACAAACGACAAGUACAUUUCCAAUGUUCACCGCGUAAUCAACCGCUCCGGUGAAGAGCGCUACAGCAUCUCAUUCAACUAUAACGGCAAUCCGGAUUUUGUUGUUAAAUGUAUUGAGAAGUGCCGCUCUAAGCCCGAGGAAGAGAAAUAUGCUCCGGUUAGCGUCGAGUAUUAUGUUGUUCAGAAGUAUAAAGAUGCUUAUGGUCGGGUUGGCAUUUACAAGUCUGAGUCAUUUGCUCCUCAAAGGCCAACGCUUGCAUAG